GUGUGUGUGCUGCCUUACAUUACUGGGCAACUGGACAGCAUCAUGAUGAAGAGAAACAGGAGCGAGAGAGAAGGGGUUGGGUUGGAGCAAAAACAAAUCUGGACAGCAGUUUGAUGGAAAGCAGCUCUGAAACGGAACUGAAGAUGAUUGUUUGGAUUAAUUUUGCUGCAGUAGUCUUAAGUAAACAGGAAAUAAGAGUCAUGAGAAGCUAGUGGGAGCGUCAAAGUCCUGAGGAUUCAGGUUGCCGUCUCAGGAUGACCGUCACUUAUUCCAGUAAAGUAGCCAACGCCACCUUCCUGAGUUUCCACCGGCUGCUGCUGCGCUGGAAGGGGAGCAUCUACAAGCUGCUGUACCGGGAGUUCAUCCUGUUUGCUCUGCUCUACACCGUCCUCAGCCUCGUUUACAGACUCGUCCUCUCAGAGCAGCAGAAGAGAUUAUUUGAGAAACUUUCCAUUUACUGCGACAGAUACGCCGAGCAGAUCCCCGUCACCUUCGUCCUGGGUUUUUAUGUCACUUUGGUGGUAAAUCGAUGGUGGAAUCAGUUCGUUAAUCUUCCCUGGACAGACAGACUCAUGUUCCUCAUCUCCAGUUGUGUUCACGGUAAAGAUGAAUACGGACGCCUUCUCCGACGGACGCUGGUUCGCUACAUCAACCUGACAUCGCUGCUCAUCUUCCGCUCCGUCAGUACGGCCGUCUGCAAGCGAUUCCCAACCAUCGAUCAUGUGGUUGAGGCAGGUUUCAUGACUCCUGAGGAGAGGAAGGUGUUUGAGAACGUCCGUUCUCCUCACCUGAAGUACUGGAUACCUGUUGUCUGGUUCUCCAACCUGGCAUCUAAAGCCCGGCAGGAAGGACGCAUCCAAGACAGCAUCGACCUGCAGAAUAUUCUGAACGAGAUGAAUCUGUUCAGGACGUGGUGUGCGACUCUUUUCGGCUAUGACUGGGUCGGCGUCCCGCUGGUUUAUACGCAGGUCGUCACUCUUGCUGUCUACACCUUCUUCUUCGCCUGUCUAAUUGGUCGGCAGUUCCUCGACCCUACUCAGGGUCACCCCGGCCACGACCUCGACCUUUACGUCCCCAUCUUCACCCUGCUGCAGUUUUUUUUCUACUGUGGCUGGCUUAAGGUAGCAGAGCAACUGAUUAACCCAUUUGGAGAAGAUGAUGAUGACUUCGAGGCCAACUGGAUCAUCGACAGAAACCUUCAGGUGUCUCUGCUGGCGGUGGACGAAAUGCACAUGAACCUUCCUCACAUGACCAAAGACGUUUACUGGAACGACAGCGACGCUCGUCCGCCGUACACUCUGGCUGCUGCAGAUUACUGCAUCCCCUCUUUCCUCGGCUCCACCACCGACAUGGGACUUUCUGACAUCCUGCAGCUUGAUGAAUGUGAGGUUUCAGACUGUCGACCGCAGCAGCAGGAGCCUCUGCUGACUCGACGACAAGAGUCGGUUCUGGGUCGAGUCCGACGCUUGCUCAGUGUUCAGGAACCUCCUGACCUCCGACAUCCUCGACCCAUCUUCAAGCGGCACAGCAGCGACGCAACUAGCAGCUUCUUCCUGGACUUCAGGGGGAACGCAGGCUCGGCGGACAUGGUUCCACCCUGUUCCUUAGCCAUCCCUCCAUCGUCUCUGGACACCCUGUCCACCUUAAGGGAGGUCAACAGCAACCCGCCGUCACCUGAGAGUUCAUCCUCAGUUGUUUUCCCACGGCUGGUUGUCAGCCCGCCAUUGUUCUCUGAUGCCUGUCACAAUGGGGACUCUUUUGGGAAACAUCAGAACGGUCUGGAUCACUCCCCAACUGAGGAACAACCAAACGUGGAAACUACAAGUAUUUCUAGGACCGACUCCAUUUGUUGUUCCCCAACUCAACUUGGACCGAAGGAGUUCCGCUGGACGACGGUCACCGUGAAGAACCGGCCGCCAACCAGGCCGCGGGGCCGGCAGUUCUCCCUGCAGUUCUCCCGGCAGAGCUCCAAGGCGUCGAUCCGCAGCCUGCCGAGUCCCAAAGGCCUGGGGCGCCGGAGAAGAGGCCUGGGUCGGCAUCAGUCCCGCAGAUCGCCCAGUCCGACUGCCAACACGCUCCAACUGCCAGAACCGGAUUACGACGGCGAGUUCCAGGGAACAGUGGGGAACGAGGACGAUGAGGAGGAAACGGACCAGAACGACGAGUUCAAAGACGCAAAAUCUCAGCCGUAAAGUUUG